UAUAAUAGCUUGACAUUUUGAUGGAUGACAAAUAAAAAAUGUAAAUGAUUAUUCAUUUUAAUAAUAAUACAUCGUCGGUCGUCAUCGUUCUUUCUGUCACACCGUCCCCCCCGCGCCAUUUAUUAACGUGCGAUUACGAAUUUUAUCCGCAAAACUUUCGAUUACCAACAAUGUUCGUAAUAUCAUUAUGUUCCCAUCGGACCCGUCCUAGUAAAGACGUCAAAUGUUGAUCCGCAUAAAUGUUUUCCUGGCAUUGGUAAUAGGCGGUGGCCUGCUGUCGUUGGGAAUUAUCUAUUGCCUUACAUCAAAUAAUGAUAUCCCUAAACAAGAAUUUCAACUAUCAAGCAAUAAAGAGUCUCAGCUAUUUGGAUCUGCUGAAUCUGAAUUCAAUAUACAUCUUAUUAAUAAGUUGAAAAAGGACCUGGCUAUGGCAAAUGAAAAAAUAGAACAACUUGAAAACAAAAUGCAAGGAUUUGAAGAACGUAUUAGAAAGCCUUAUCCUAAUGUCAAAUAUCUAAACUACCGUUCAAAAAAACGUAUUUUGGUUACUGGUGGUGCUGGUUUUGUUGGAUCUCAUUUGGUUGAUAAAUUGAUGAAAGCUGGCCAUGACAUUACUGUUGUAGAUAAUUUUUUUACUGGUGUUAAAGCCAAUGUCGAACAGUGGAUUGGUCAUGCUAACUUUGAGUUAAUUCAUCAAGACAUAGUCAAUCCUCUCUUUGUUGAAGUAGAUGAGAUUUAUCAUUUAGCUUCACCUGCAUCACCUCCACAUUACAUGUUCAACCCAGUAAAAACAAUUAAAACUAACACAAUAGGAACAAUUAAUAUGUUAGGAUUGGCGAAGCGAGUUGGUGCCAAAGUCUUAAUAGCCAGCACUUCUGAAGUCUAUGGUGAUCCUGAAGUACAUCCACAACCAGAAACUUAUUGGGGACAUGUCAAUCCAAUUGGUCCACGUGCUUGUUAUGAUGAAGGUAAAAGAGUUUCAGAAACAUUGAGUUAUGCUUAUGCAAAGCAUGAAAAAGUAUCUGUACGUGUUGCCAGAAUAUUUAAUACUCAUGGACCUCGAAUGCAUAUGAAUGACGGACGAGUAGUUUCCAACUUUAUAUUGCAAGCUCUCCGAAAUGAGCCAAUUACCGUGUAUGGUAGAGGUAAUCAAACACGAUCAUUUCAGUAUGUAUCUGAUCUAGUUGAUGGAUUGAUUGCUUUAAUGGAUUCCAAUUAUACUCAGCCAGUCAAUCUUGGAAAUCCUACUGAACAUACUAUUAAUGAAUUUGCUGUAAUAAUAAAAGGACUGGUUGGUGGAAAAAGUAAAGUAAUCACAACACCUGCUGUAGAAGAUGACCCUCAAAGAAGAAAACCUGAUAUUACAAGAGCAAUGACUUAUUUAAAUUGGAAACCUAAGGUAUAUUAUAUGGUUUUGUAAUUUGUAUUAAAAUAU